GUCAUCGUGUGCUGUUUCUCUAAAGCAGCAGCGGGCAUGAUGGGUCAGGAAGGUGAAGGAGCUGAUGGCCCAAACCUAGGGCCAGUGGGGUGUGGGUUUUCCGAUGUGUAAAGGUCUUCCAGACCCUCAGGAGCCUGCUCCAUGCUCUGGGGUCUGCAAGGCCUGGAAAGAGAUGGAGACUGGCAGGACCCUGUGCUAAAAGACCCUUCCUCGGGGUGGCAGACACCCCACCCAAGGAGCUCAGAGCGGCCAGCAGUCUUCAGACCCCUGGCAGAGGUACAGGCGGCUCCCAGGAUGGCAUCUUCCGGCUCGAAGCUGAGGCCUCUGCUCCCCGGACCAGCUGCUUCUCGAAAAGCCAGCCCAGGCCUUCAUGGGACCCCACAGCCUGCAGCCACUGGCCUUUCCCUCAUCAGAACAAUUUUAGGGAACCCCGGGCUUAGUCCCCCCGAGGACUGAACUGGAAAAGAGGUCUGGCCUUCGAUGACCCCCUAACAGGAUCUGCUCACGUGAAUGAGUAGGCAGUGCUGGGACGUGGAGCCCGGGGUCUGCCUCAGGUGUGGCUGAAGCCACCUGUCCUCCAGAUACAUGGAUGUGAGUUGGCACCUCGAUUUUCUGUAAAGGGAAAAGGUUUUCAGGGAUGGAGCAGAACCCAAGGCACAGCAAGCUGGGAAUACACCUACGCCUGCACCCUGAGACUCCGGCAUGCCCCAGCCUUCUGUGUGCCCUGCUGUGGGGGUUGCUGAACUGUGGGCUGUGGGCCCUGCCUGCCUUGGAUGGCCCCACUGGCAUGAAUGAUUAACCAGCUUGGCCCUGCUUACGUGGGUCCUGGCCCCCGUGCUGCUACCCGGGAGAGGCCUGGCUGCUGUCCUGAGGAUGCUCCCCAUGUUCCACGAUGAAGGGUACGCCCGGGCCCACCACCUGCCCGAGGACACGCUGGUGCUGCCCCCGGCCAGUCCUGACCAGAGGAUCCUCUACACGGUGCUGGAGUGCCAGCCACUCUUCGACUCCAGUGACAUGACCAUCACUGAGUGGGUUCAGAUUGCCCAAACCAUAGAGAGACACUACACCCAGUACCAGGGCUUUGUGGUCAUCCACGGCACGGACACCAUGGCCUUCGCCGCCUCGGUGCUUUCUUUCAUGCUGGAAAACCUGCAGAAACCUGUCAUCCUCACCGGUGCCCAGGUACCUAUCCAUGCACUGUGGAGCGAUGGCCGUGAGAACCUGCUGGGGGCCCUGCUCAUGGCUGGCCAAUACAUCAUUCCUGAGGUCUGCCUGUUCUUCCAGAAUCAGCUCUUUCGGGGCAAUCGGACCACCAAGGUGGACGCCCGGAGGUUUGCGGCCUUCUGCUCCCCCAACCUCCCGCCUCUGGCCACUGUGGGUGCAGAUGUCACAAUCAACCACGAGCUGGUACGGAAGGCCAGCCGGAAGGACCAUCUGGUGGUGCACAGCAGUAUGGAGCGUGACGUGGGCCUGCUGCGCCUUUACCCUGGGAUUCCCGCCACCCUGGUCCGGACCUUCCUGCAGCCCCCACUGAAGGGUGUGGUCAUGGAGACCUUCGGCUCUGGGAAUGGGCCCACCAAGCCAGACCUGCUGCAGGAGCUGCGGGUGGCAUCUGAACAAGGCCUGGUCAUUGUCAACUGUACCCAUUGCCUUCAGGGGGCUGUGACUUCGGACUAUGCCUCUGGCGUGGCCAUGGCAGGAGCUGGCAUUGUCUCAGGCUUCGACAUGACGUCGGAAGCUGCCCUGGCCAAACUAUCCUAUGUGCUGGGCCAGCCAGGGUUGAGCCUGGAUGACCGGAAGAAGCUGCUGGCCAAGAAUCUUCGUGGGGAGAUGACGCUGCCCGUAACCGAGGAACACCAGUCCUCGCCGCAAGAUGGCAUGUUGGGCUGCAGGGUAUCGUGGCUUCUCAGUCUGAAUGGCGGCCAGGAGGUUGAUGCCAUGCAGGAUGUCCUCAUGUCCAGCCUGGCCCUGGCUGCAGCUCACGCUGGUGACCUAGACACUCUGCAGGCCUUUGUGGAGCAGGGCAGAGACCUCAACCUGAAGGACUGUAGUGGUCAGACCCCACUGCACGUGGCUGCACGGAGGGGCCAUGCCUCCGUGGUCACUAUGCUGCUGCAGAAGGGUGUGGAUGUGAAUGCCCACAAUGAAGAUGGCCAUAGCCCACUCCUGCUGGCCGUGAGGGGCAGGCAUCGGGGCGUCAUUGGGCUGCUGAGGGCCGCUGGGGCUUUCCUGUCUCCCCAGGAGCUGGAGGACGUUGGAACAGAGCUGUGCAGGCUGGCAUCCAGGGCGGACAGCGAAGGCCUGAGGGCAUGGUGGCAGGCUGGGGCUGACCUGGAACAGCUGGACUAUGAUGGACAUUGUGCUCUGCAAGUAGCUGAAGCAGCUGGGAAUGCGGAUGUGGUGGCCUUGCUGCAGAGUCUUAAGGACAGGGUCAGCGCCCAGCCCUAGAUCCACGAAGUCCUGGGCUGGGCUGCUGUCCCCUCAGUGAGCUCCCAUUGAUCUGCAGCUGGAUCUCGGCCCCCGGUAUCCCAGAGCCGGUUCUGCAGACAGCCUGAGGAAGUGGAGGUGGACAGAUGCGUUGUCCAGAGCCUUCCGUGGGGCUCUGGAGGAGCACAAGUCUGAUGGAGAUACAAGCUGCUGGGAGCUCCAUGCAGACCUUCACCUACCCAGUCGGGCUGGGUGACUGGGAGGGCCUAGGCCCCCCGGUUGACAUCCAUGCCUGUCACACUAUUUGGUGGCCCUGGAGUUUUGAGACUGGCUGGACUGCCCCCAUCUCCUGGGAAUGGCUGGACUCCAUAC